AAAAAAGUGGGGAGUGAAGAGAAUGAUCAGAUAGAAGAGCUAAUGCGUAAGAUGCCAUCAUUUCUUUGUUUCUUGAUCAAAAGUAAAUGUCUUUGGGUGUAUGAACAGAGUAUAUAGUCUUUGCCCAAACGAGUAGCUUGACGUGUGACGCUAUUAAUAUACAAAUGUUAUUAAUUAUGACAGUUUUUAUUUAGGUUACAAUUAGCUCACGCUUAUUUGAGAUUCAUGCAUCUUCUUCAUUUAUAUAUCAGUUACAAAAAGCAACUCCUCAAACACACAAAACUCCCUUUGACAAAUCUGUAAAAACACAGCUUCUCUGUAUCACAAGAAACUUUGAUCGUAACAAUGUGGAAUGGUGAUGGAACCGUGGAGGUCUAUGGCUUUCGAGUUUUCUAUUCAGAGGUGGAUUGUGUGAGGAGAAUCUUUGAAAAAUACCCAGAAACCGCAACGAAUAUUCGUCCAAAGAACCAAAUGGUGAAGAAUGCUUACAUGAACAACCUCCUCGACCUCAUUGACAUAAUUUGCUUAGCUCCUCAGGAGCUAACAGAGGAGGAACUAAGAAAUGCAGAGAGCCAGCUUUUGGAACUGGUAGAGGUAGGUUUCAAGUUGGAUUGGCUGAAGAAUAAGCUGGAAGAGCUUUGCGUGAAGAAGAAGAAAAUGGAAGCUCGUGGGGCUCGAAUGAGAGAACUCGAUGGAUUGAUCAUGGAACAGAGGCGGGUUUUGUGGGAGCUUGAAACCGAACUGAAGAAUGAAGAGAACGAAGCUGUUUCCGACAGUGCUCGACUUGGUUUUGAGGAUGUUGUUUGAAUGAAAAGUCAUCAUCAGUCAUGAGACCUAACGUUCUUAAGUUUCUUCUUACGUACUUAAGCAUAUGUGGCGUUAUCUAAUUACAAGAAUGAUUGAAUAAAAGACCAGGAUCUUUGUUACUUUAAUUUCAAAAGUUUUCUUGGUA